AUGUCAAGUGCAAAAAGCAAAUUCGAAAUUACUAGGAACAGAUCAUGUAAUAACAUAAAGGAGAAUUUAGCAUGUUCUUCAAAUAUUUUAAAAAAUUACAAGAAUUUGUUAGCAAGUGAAACUAAAGUAAAUACAGACCAAAGGAAUUAUUAUAGUGAUGUUGAAAAAAGAGAAAAUGCAGUCAGUUUUGGAAAAUAUUAUAAUCCCUAUAAUAUCCCUGAUGAUUAUAUUAGUAGAACAAAAUUAAACAAUUACAACGAAACAGGUAUAUAUAACAUUACAAGGAAUAAUGAAAAAAUACCAUUAAAUAAAGUUCAAGAAAAUUAUAUGCAAGAAGAAUUUUCAAAUACUAUGUUUUAUGAUAAGAUUAUGAGGAAUGAUAAGUCUUAUAAUACAGCUAUUCAUAGUAUCCAAAAUAAUUUUCAAACUAAUAAAUUAAAAACUGUUUUAAAUUCUAUUAAAUUUGAAGAUAGUGCUAAUAUUAUUAUACCCCCAUAUAUAAAAAAAUCUCCCUUAUAUAUUUUAUACCCCGAAUUACAACAUCGUGUGUCUAGUGAUGAUAUUGUAAAAAACAAAUCAGAAGAAAAAGAAGUGGCAGACAAAAAUGAUCAGAGCAAAACAAAUGAAGGCGAUACAACUUCUUUUUCUAAAGACCCUGUGAUUGAGAUAAAAGAAAAAUUACUUUUCGAUGUUGAAGAACGAAAAAGUAUACAUAAUUAUUUGAAAACUAACUUAAGUAAUAAUAAUAUAAUUCGAAAUAAAAUGCUAGAUUAUUUUGAAGCAGAAAAAAAUGGAAACAUGAUAGAAAUUGCAAAUCCAAAUAAAGUUAAUCUAAUAAAUGUGCAUGGAAAAAAUAACAAUUUUGAAAAUGCAAUUUUAAAUUCAUAUAAAAAUAUUCAUGUUUCAAAGAAUAUGAAUAAUAAAACUGAAAAUGAAUUAAAAACUUUAAAGGUAUUAAAAGAACAAAAAAUGCUUAUUAUAAAUAAAAAUGAAAAAGGAGAAAAUGUUAUUAUUAAUCAAGAGGAUAUACGUGAUAAAUUACAAAGAAGACGAGUUAACUUACUCAACGAUAUUACUACAAAUAGUUUGUCAAAUAAUGAAAAUAAAAAUGGAAUAAUAAAUAGUGACAAAGGUGUGGCUCAAAUAUCUGUUAUCGAUACUUCUAACAAAAAAGCGGUAUUAAAAACUUUUAAAUUUAAAAAUAAUAAAGAAAUAAAUGAUGAAGAUGAAAAAAAAAAAAAAAAUAUUUUAAAAUUUAUAAAAAAAAAAAAAAUAGUUAAAGAUGUACAAGUACAAACCAAUAAAGAUGACUUCGAAAAACAAAAUAAUAAAAACAAUUCAGAUAAUGCUGAUUCAGAUGUAGAACUAAUUAUUAACAUUUUUAACAAAAAGUGUUUACAUAAAAAUAGAGAAAAUAGUAAUACGAACAAAUUGAAAUCUGCUGUAAAAAAGGGCAUUAUGAAUAACCUGGAAAAAGGGAAGGUGUCUAAAGAGGGUUCUACAUCUAAAGAUAAAAUUAAAAGGGAUCAAGAAAUAGUAUAUAAUAUUUCUUAUAAAACCCCUAAUGAAUCAAACAAUAGUAAUACAAGUACAGAUGAUAGUUGUCAAAAUAGUCAAACAUGUAGUGAAGAAAAUGAUUCUGCUAAUUUUUCAAAUGAAAAUAUUUCAAAAAAUGUAGAAGAAAAAAAAAUUGAUAUGGUUCAAAAUAUAAUUGAUUAUAAUAAAUCUCUAAAAUUAGGAAUACCAUAUAAUAUAAUAAAUGCAAUUCCAAAAGGGACAAAUAAUGUUAAUACCAAUCUGUUUAAAGUAAUCAACAAAUUUGAAAAAAAUUCUCAUGCAUCACCAUAUUUGCAAAAAAAUGUUCUACUCAAAUAUAUGAUAAAUAAAGAUAUAGGAAAAGGGAAUUAUAAGCAAAAUACAACAAACUUUGCUAAUUAUUUAUUUAAAAAUGAAAAGAAAAAAGAGCCAUAUGCUUUUUCUACUAUGACAAAAAAAAUGCCUAUAUUCUUUAAACCUAUAAAUAAGUCUGAUAUUUUAAAAAAAGCUAGUUUUAACUCACCAAAUAGUGAUAAUACAAUUUUAAGAAAAAACAUUAGAAACGAACUAAGCAAUCAUAUUAAUAGUCCCAAUAAAAAUGAAAAGAAAAAAGAUAAGAAUGAAAAAUCUAAAAUUAUUAACAACCUAUUAUUAAAUAAGUUAUUUAUAAAUAAACAGAUUAAUAUGGAAAAAGAAAGAAAUUUUAAAAAUACUUUUACAAGAUUAUUAAAAAAUAAAAAUUUUAUAAAACAUAAAAUACAAAAUAGUUUAUAUGAAUUGAAAGAAAUACAAUAUGGUGGAUAUACCAGCAAUGAAAGUAGUGAUACUGAUGUUAGUAGUUUGUUUAGGAUAAAUAAUUUUGUGAAUAAAAAAAGUAGAGACAAUGUUAGUACAUCCUCUGAUUUUAAUCUACCUAAAAAUGUUUCAGAAAAAGAGAACAACUUUUCUGAUUCUAUAAAAAAUAAAAAAUACAUGUCUAAUGAAGUUCUAUCAUUGAAUAAGGUUAGUCAAAAUAAAUUAAAAAAAAAAUUAAUUGAGGAAUCGGAUUAUGUUUUUUCUUUUGUACAUACAGAAGAUGGUAGUUCGGAUGAAUCUCUUUCAUAUUUAAAAAAAGAGAAGCAAAGAAUGGAAAGACUUCGAUCAAUUUCUUAUAAAAAUAGAUUAACCAAGUUAAGUAUAUUAAAAAAAAACAUUCAACAAUUUAAAGAAAAUGCUAAAAAUGUUAGCAAAUCAGAGAGUGUGCAUAAUAAUUUUGAUCAUUUAAAACAUAAAACAAAUGAAAAAAAAACAAAAAAUAAUAUUCCUUCCAAAUCUGACCAUAAUAAUAAUGAAAAAAAUGAAAUUGAAAAUGACACAGAUGGUGAAUCAGAAAAAGUAGAAGUAAAAUCUAAAGUUAGAUCUUUGUCAAAACAUAAAACAAAUGAAAAAGAGAAAGACAUAUUAACUGAUUCACCUAAUGAUGAGUCUGAAAAAUCAAAAGAAAUUAAAGAAGACGAAAAAAUAGAAUUAAAGAAAAAUAGUAAUAAUAAUAAACUUAGAGUAAAAGCUAAUUUAAAGUCAAUAACGAGUAAAGAUGAAGGGGGAAAGAAAACAGAGGCAUGCUUGAGAAGCACAUCCCAUGAAAAGGGCAAAAUACAAAAUUCGAUUGACAAAGAAAAAAUAAAUACAACUAAUUAUACUGACACAGAAAUGGAAAUAAAGAAAAAAAACUCAAGAGAAUUAUCUCUUAAAACUUAUAAUGGAGCAUAUCUCAAAAAGAGGGCUGGAUCAGGGGGCGGAAAUUAUUUAAAAAUCAAAUCAGUAAGUUUAACCAAUGCAAAGAAUGUUGAAAAAAAUGAAACAAGGGGUGUAGAUGAAAAUGACAAGCAUGAUAAUAUUUGCCAACUUACAAGUCUAGAACGGAUUGACCCGAAUAAGUGGGUUCAAAGAAUUUUUGGGGAUACCUAA